AACACAAAAGUUGCUCUAUCAUCACAACAAACCGAUGCGUUUAGUAAAAACCAAUUGAAGUAAAUUCUCUCAAACAAAAGUCCCAAAACAAAACCCUCUUUCAGUUCUUCGGCUUCACUAACCUCUUUUCAAUGGCUUCAGAAAACCAACCAAAAACUGCAAACACCAACGACCCCAAAAAACGCAAACGUUGUUACUUACCUCACAACAAAGCAGUGAAGAAGAAGGGACCAAGCCCAUUAAGACCAGGAAUUCAAGGCUUCUUCAUAACCUGUGAUGGUGGAAGGGAACACCAAGCUUCUCAGGAAGCUAUCAAUGUCAUUGAUACUAUUUUAGAAGAGCUGAUCGAUGGCAAGGAUUCAAAGGCUAACAUAACAGUGCUACCAGAGAAACCUGCAAACAAAAAAAUAAAGUUUUCAUACUCUGACUCUUCUGAUAAUGAAGAAGAUGUUGACGAGAAUGGAGCAGAGAAUCAGUCUGAAAAAGUUGCAGAAGUGCUGGCUAACAAUGGAAGUACCCUCGAAGAAAAUACUGAUCCUGCUAAGAAGGAUGAUAAGUUGCAUGAGGUUGGAUCAGGACAAGUUGCUGGUAGUUGUGAAGAAGUUGAUAAACAAGCUGAUGACAAAAGCAAGGAGAAUGAGGAACCAAUCAAAAAGAAACAGUGCAGUGAUACCAAAAAGUUAGAAAGCAUAAAUCAUUCCGCAGAGCUAUCUGUUGAUAAGUUGAUAGAAGCUGAGCUUAAGGAAUUAGGAGAUAAGAGCAAGCGGCGUUUCUCCAAGAUUGAUACUGGCUGUAAUGGUGUUGUCUUUGUACUUAUGCGGAGGAGGGAUGGAGACCCUAGCCCUGGAGAACUUGUACAGCAUAUGAUGGAAUCUGCUUCAGCUACGAAGAAGCAUAUGUCAAGGUUUCUUCUGAGAGUGCUACCAGUAGAACUUUCAUGUUAUGCAUCUGAAGAGGAAAUAUCAAGAGCUAUUAAGCCAGUUAUUGAACAAUACUUCCCUGUCAACGCUGAAGCACCUAUUAAGUUUGCUGUUCAAUAUGAUGCCCGUGCCAAUUCUGGCAUCGAGAGGAUGAAGAUAAUAGAUGCGGUUGCCAAAGCUGUUCCUGAACCACAUAAAGUAGAUCUCAAAAAUCCAGAGAAGACUAUAAUUGUCCAAAUUGUCAAGACUGUGUGCUUGAUUGGUGUCGUGGAGAAGUACAAAGAGUUGGCGAAGUUUAAUUUGAGGCAGCUCACAUCAUGAUAGCCAGGUUUAAGUGAGGCUUGCUCGAGAUUCAACUUGGACAAUGAGAACAAGAACGUCAAUAGUGACAACAAGAAUAUGGCCCCAGUUCAAGACAUUCCUUUUGGGCAUCUUGAUGAUAGUACACAGUUACACACACACAAUGUUGUAUACUAGUGGCUCAUCUUUGUCUCUAAACCCCCUUUUUGCCUCAUUAUGUUUGUUGAAUUUAAGUCUUCAAUUAAAAAAACAAAUCUGUAUCAGCUUAAAUUUCAGAUAUAUCUCAAGAAUUCUUCUUUUUUAACUAGUCUGUUGGAAUAUUAGUGAUUGGUUCAUGAGUCUUUGUUAACAUACACAUUCUCUGAAAGCCUUUACUGUUUAAACAUUUUAAUUUGGCUGAUA